GCGCAGCAAACAGCAGCACGUCCCCGCGCCACAGCCGCCGCAGCCGCAGCCGCAGCCGCCCCGCGCGCCCAACCGCCGCGGCCCGCCGUCCCCCGCCCCGCCGGCCGGCCAGUCAGAGAGCGGCGAGCGGCCUCCCGCCUGGCCCCCAGAAGCGGGCGUUCGGCCGGACCCUGAGCCUCGUCCUCUCGCGCUGCGGCCGCCCGCGCCUCGUCGGCCGCCUGUCCGGCAUGAAAACCAAGUUCUGCACCGGGGGCGAGGCGGAGCCCUCACCGCUCGGGCUGCUGCUGAGCUGCGGCAGCGGCAGCGCGGCCCCGGCGCCCGGCGUGGGGCAGCAGCGCGACGCCCCCGGCGACCUCGAGUCCAAGCAGCUGGGCGGCCGGCAGCCGCCGCUCGCGCUGCCCCCGCCGCCGCCGCCGCCGCCGCUGCCGCUGCCCCCGCCGCCCCCGCCGCCGGCCGACGAGCAGCCGGAGCCCCGGACGCGGCGCAGGGCCUAUCUGUGGUGCAAAGAGUUCCUGCCCGGCGCCUGGCGGGGCCUCCGCGAGGACCAGUUCCACAUCAGUGUCAUCAGAGGUGGCCUUAGCAACAUGCUGUUCCAGUGCUCUCUACCUGACACCACAGCCACUGUUGGCGAUGAGCCUCGGAAAGUGCUCCUGCGGCUGUACGGAGCGAUUUUGCAGAUGGUAUUUUUGAUAAAGCUGUGGAAUGGAAAGAGGUCCUGUAAUAAAGAGGGAUCCAAACAAGCUCAGAAAGAAAAUGAAUUUCAAGGGGCCGAGACCAUGGUUCUGGAGAGCGUUAUGUUUGCCAUUCUCGCAGAGCGGUCACUCGGGCCAAAACUCUAUGGCAUCUUUCCCCAAGGCCGACUGGAACAGUUCAUCCCGAGCCGGCGAUUAGAUACUGAAGAAUUAAGUUUGCCAGAUAUAUCUGCAGAAAUUGCUGAGAAAAUGGCUACGUUUCAUGGUAUGAAAAUGCCAUUCAAUAAGGAACCAAAAUGGCUUUUUGGCACAAUGGAAAAAUAUCUAAAUGAAGUGCUGAGAAUUAAAUUUACUGGGGAAUCCAGAAUUCAAAAGCUCCACAAAUUCCUCAAUUACAAUCUGCCUUUGGAACUGGAAAACCUGAGAUCAUUGCUUGAAUCUACUCCAUCUCCAGUUGUAUUUUGUCAUAAUGACUGUCAAGAAGGUAAUAUCUUGUUGCUGGAAGGCCGAGAGAAUUCUGAAAAGCAGAAACUGAUGCUCAUUGACUUCGAAUACAGCAGCUACAAUUACAGGGGAUUCGACAUUGGGAAUCAUUUCUGUGAGUGGAUAUAUGAUUAUACCUAUGAAAAGUACCCUUUUUUCAGAGCAAAUAUCCGGAAAUAUCCCACCAAGAAACAACAGCUCCAUUUUAUUUCCAGUUACUUGGCUGCAUUCCAAAAUGACUUUGAAAACCUCAGUACUAAAGAAAAGUCCAUUAUAGAAGAAGAAAUGUUGCUUGAAGUCAAUAGGUUUGCCCUUGCAUCUCAUUUCCUCUGGGGACUUUGGUCCAUUGUACAAGCCAAGAUUUCAUCUAUUGAAUUUGGGUACAUGGACUACGCCCAAGCAAGGUUUGAUGCCUAUUUCCACCAGAAGAGGAAGCUUGGGGUGUGACUGUGGGGAGGACUCCAUCCACCUCAUCACUGGACUGCAUGGGAAGGCGGCGGAGCGGGGUCCCCUCUGUGCUUCGACUACUGCUCCUGCAGCAGGAGGCUUUGGGUGGCUCACUACUGAACACAGAUGUGUAUGAUACUAAAGACUGUAUAAAAUGGAGCGACAUUUAAUUCAUCUGUUUACGAUUUCACUAGGACUCAAACAAGAUUGGGAAGCAGAAAUAUAGUGCAAUAGUGCAACACCUCUGAAUCCUUUUAAUCUAGAGAAGGCGUUUCAUAUUUGGGGACUAAGGUUU